AUGUACAGCGGAGCAGGUACGGUCACUACCACCCGGAUGCAGCAGCAGCUGGUUCGAAUCCUGCUCCUGGCCCUGGUGCUGGUAGCCCUCUGUCGGCCGGCGGUAGCCAUCGAAGCGAGAGGCCAGAACCAUGGCCAGUACCCACCGUCCACAGUCAGUGUAGCGGAAGAUGAAGAUAGAUCCGCGAGCGAAAGAGUAGAAGUAGAAACGACCACUACUGAACAACAACUACAAGGACAAGACGAGCGGCAACCGACAACGACGACGGUGGGAUACAAUGCGGUAGCGACUACGCCAAAGAUAGUGCCGGUUGUGAAGCAGUUAAGCCGCUACGAACAGGGCCUGGAGGACUACGAUGAGGCGGCGGACCGUGCCGAGCGUGAGCAGCAGCUGCAGCAGCAGGAGCAGAACGAGGAGCAGAGCCUCCAGCAGCAGUACAGUGGCAUGGUGAAACCGAUGCUGACAUUAUUUAAUGUGAUAAGCACCGUUUUAUCGUCCGGAAGAUCGAUGCGAGCGAUGGUGGAAGCCGCGCCCGAUGGUGGCAAUAAAACUGUGAACAGCACGUUCGGCGCCAAAUCAACAAGCGGCGAUGGCGGCAUCGCCACCACCAACACCACGGCCGAUGGCGCACAUAAUGAAAAUGAAACAGCAACCGGUGCGGUGACAGGUGGACGAUACAUCAAGGGUGAUCCCUUGAAUGGCUACUACGAUUUCGUGAUCAGCGAAGGGUCGUACAAGUUUUGGGUGGUGUUUCAGCUGUUCACUGCCGCCCUCGUACUGUACGCGACCUUUGCGGCCAUCUACUACUCGAAAGUGAGCCCGCUCACCUCGGAUUACGACUAUAUCGAUUACCUGAACGGGGCUCGCUCCUUUUCCGGUGGGCGCUCGAUGGUACCGAUGGGUAGUCCCGGUGGUGGCGGCGACGGUCCAGGGCGGAUCUGGGAUACGGUGGCCAACAAUCGCUGGUUCGGACCGGCGGCCCAAGCGUUCGAGAUGGUGAUGUCGGCCAUCGAGAACGCACCGAAAUAG